UCCAUUGACUCCACUUUUGAUUACAGAAAUUGAGAAGAAAAUUGGGUUUUGUAGGGGAUGUGGGCAGCGUCUACUUCAGGCCCAACCAUCCUAUGAAGCCACAUCGGCUAUGUACGACCCAUCACCUUAUGUUCUCAUAUGAUCUCCACAAGAAGACCCACAAGGCAUAUCUGGUGGAGUUGGAAGAAGCUGUAGACUCAGUUUGACUAGUGGAGUGAGCUUGACAGCUAUUGUUGGUAUUGAUUGCAGGAGCUAGACUUAUGAUAUGGCCCCUUCACAGUCAGCAAGUGUAGCAAAGAAGAUGAAGUCUAAGGAAAAGCGAUUGAAGACUAAGAAGACAAAGUCUUUAAAAGAGUCAACAUCAACAACAUUUUCUGAAGGAUCUCAUUCGAAGAAGUCUAAGACAAAAGCAGUUGAAUCAACUGGGGGUCUUAAGCUGCUGAAGCGGCAUGCAGUGACUAUGUCACGCAUUACAAGUCGUAAGACUCGUAGACAGAAGAAGAUGGUGCUUUUUAAUCGAAAAGGCACUCCAUGUGGGAAGGUGGCUAAGGAAUUGCAGUCCUACAUAGGUGUAUUGGCACGAAGGAAGGUACCAAUCAUAAUACCAAAUUGGAAAGAUGCAACGGCUGAAGAGAAAGCCAAAAUAUGGUCACGUGUUCAGAUUCCGUUUACGCUUGGUCCUGAAAACAAGAAAAUGGUUUUGAAAUCUGCUGCAACAAAGUGGAGGGAAUUCAAAUCUCGAUUGACUUCAAACUAUGUUAUCCCCUAUUUGGAUGACCCUGAAGCGUUGAAGUAUCCUCCAGAUGAUUACCCUUUCAUAAAUGCAGAUCAUUGGACUGAAUUUGUCAAAUCACGGACAACACUCUCAUUCUUGGAAAAGCGUAAAGCACAACAAGAAAGGCGCAAACAGAAUAAAUAUCCUCAUAGACUGUCCCGCAAGGGUUAUGCAGGGUUGGAGGAAGAGUUGGCUAAUGAAAUCGAUGAUGAAGAAAUUGAUAGGGCCACACUCUGGAUCAAAGGGCGGCAGUCCAAGAAUGGCAAUUUCAAGGAUGAAGAGACAAAAAAAACUGCUGAAAAAAUAGAUGCCUUGAAGAAAAGGGUUGCUACUGGAGAACUAUCCAUUGAGGGAAGUGAUGAUAUCUUGACAUUGGCAUUGGGGACUCCUGAGCACGGGGGAAGAGUGCGUGGAGUUGGAGGUCAAAUGAAUCCCUCUACUUACUUCAAUCUACCUAAACGUAGAAAGCAGAGCUUAGAAGCAACAGUUAGAGUUAGUGUGCAGAAAAUAAUGUUAGAGGAGAAAGAGAAGAUAGUCGAGGACGCAAGGGAGAAGAUAAUUGAGGAAGCAAAGGAAAAGAUUGUUGCAAAGGAACGAGCAUUUUGGGCGGUUAAGAUUGCAGAACUUGAAGCAAAGAUACAUGCAACUCAAGAUGGAAAUUGUGCUACUCCUCAGACACAUGUUUCUGGUCAAGGAAGUUGUUCACGCACAGCUGAUCAAAUUGCUCAAGAACAAGCAAAAGCUAGAUUGGAAGAAGAAGACGUUAACCGUGUGGAUGGAAAAGCAAUUUGA